CUGCUCCCCUCAUGGACUCCGCUCUCUUUCGCGCGCGAUUCGCUAAAAUGCUCACCGGGCUGCCUCUCCGGCUGUACCGCGCGCUCCCAGCCGUCUUCAUGAGCACUCUCUUCAACGUUCUCGAUGCAGUGUCGACCGGCAUCCUGAUUUUCCCCACCGACGAUUCUGUGUUCCGUGCGUUGCAGCUUCAGGGCGCUGCGUUGUAUAUCAUGAGCACUAUCAUCUCUCAACUUGUCAUCUCCCUCGGCGGAUCCAAGUUCCAUGGCGGCGCGGGAUCUAUGUUGCUCGAGAUCCUGCCGUUUCUGCGAGGAGUGGCGACGGACAUUCGAGAGGUCCUGGGCGAGGAGCAUCCCGGGCUGAUCCCCACAGUCAUGGCGGCAUAUGCGCUGUCGUCCUUCCUUACCGGCGCACUCUUCAUGAUCAUGGGGUUGCUGAAGUCGGGUGCCCUGGUCGCGUACUUUCCCCAGACCGUUCUCACUGGUGCGAUCGGAGCCAUUGGCGUCUCGCUGUGCGUUCUCGGUCUCGGUCUGCCUUUUCCGUCGACUGUCCCUCCUCUGUCGCUAUCGAAUGCAGGGACCACUCUCUUCGCUAAGAGCCAUCUGCCCCUCCUCGCCGCCACCGUCGUCCCGUCAGUCAUGCUCUGCCUAUCACUCCGUUCGAGGUCUCUAGAAGUUGCCACGCGCGGUGCGACACGCUCCCCGUUCUACAUCCCGACGUUCUUCCUCACGUUCAUGGCCGCGUUCUGGAUCGUGGUCAAGUCCGCGCGGAUCAGCAAUGGCAUGCUCGUCGACCAUGCAUGGCUGUUUCAACUGGAAUUCGCGCCGUCGGGGACCCCGACAUGGAACUACUGGGUGCUCUUCGAUUUCAAACGGGUCGAAUGGUGGGCGCUUAAGAGCGCGAUCCAGAAUAUGGUCGUUCUCGUGGUCAUCGGAGUGCUCAAUCUCCCGAUCUAUGUACCGACCAUCGCCUUCUCGCUAGACGUCUCCUACGAUAUGAACUUCGAGUUCUUUGGAACUGGCCUGGCCAAUAUUUUUGCUGGAGUGGUGGGAACAGUCCCCAACAUCAUCCAAUACUCUUACACAGUCUACAUCACUCGUGCCAAGGGUGGGCGCUUCGAGAUGGGUCUGGUGACGCUCCUCACCGCUGUCCUCUUCUUCUUCGCGGGUAACCUGCUACCUUACAUCCCAACGAUCUUAGCGUCGACUGUGGUGUUGUUCAUUGGUAUCGAGCUGUCGCUGGAGGCAAUCUGGGAGUCCUCCAAGACGCUCGCAUGGAUGGAAUAUGCUGUCGUCAUGAGCACCCUCUUUGGCUGCACGUUCCUGGGUUUCGCGGAAGGAUUUGGUGUGGGCAUCGGCUCUGCCGCGCUGGUGUUCCUGGUCUACGGUGUGAUGGACUCGCCUGCCCAAGUGACGCGCUGGAACGAAUGGAACGAACUUCAGCAGAUCCGCGACUACGGAAACCCCGAGAGAUCCAGCCGCGACUAUGCCGAGACCGGAAACAGCCCGGUCAUUGCGCGAUUCCCCGCUGCCAGAACCCAAGCACCUCCUGCCAUCACCCUGGGCUCGACUUCGCGGGAUAUUCGCCCGCAGUCUGCAGAACCCUUGGCUCCGGCGAACGAUGUUGACACACUCUUGGAGCUGAACACCCGCGUUGUCGUUCUGCCGGGAUACGUUUUCUUCGCAUCUGUCCCCUCCCUUGAGAGCUCCCUCCUCUCCUCCGUCCACCCGCCGACCUUCUUCGUCCUCGACCUAUCGAACACGCAUCGCAUAGAAACAGCGGCCGCGCGCUGUCUGCCGCGCUUUUCGCGGGACCUCGAGCCCAAGUCGAGUCGGCUCGUCCUGUGCGGUGUCCGGCGCGGGACGGGUCUGCAUGCGGAUUUCGUCAGAGCGGAGACGCGGCUGGCGUAUGACGACCAGCCGGCUGCUGCUGAAGACGAGGGUAAGCCGAUCCGGGCGUUCGAGAGCCGGGCAGAGUGUCUUGCCUGGUGUCAGGCAGAGCAGCAGAAGCAGCUGAGGGUCAAGGAUGAUGGCUUGUCCAUGGACGAGAAGGAAUCCGCGUUCCAGCGGCUCUCGGAGUCAUCCGCCGCAGAAUCCUGGUCGUCGCUGGCUCGUUUCGAAGCGUCCGGUGGCGAGAUCCGUCUCCUGCUGCCCGGCCAAGUCCUGCUCCCAUUCACCGGAACCGUCUUCGUCGUGGAGGGCCAGCUCUCUCUGCUCCCCGAUCCCGGAAACACUCCCUCUGCUAGGGGUUCCGGUGCUCCAGCGAUCAACCGCACAUCCGUGCAACGGCUCGUGGCGAUGCUUCCCGGCGAGGCGCUCAAGUUUGUCCGCUCGCGACUGCGUGUGAUGAUGGCUCGCGAUGCCUCUGUGCCUCAGGUCCUUGGUGCGGGUGACCAGCUUGACUUGUCGCUGUCUCCCGGUCGUGCCGUUGCGAAGACACGCACUGUCCUGGCCCUCGUAAACUCGCACGCCACUAGAUAGUCACCAGUUUAUGGUAAUCCGGGUCAGACUAGAGACAACUAGAAAAAUGUUGCCAGUCAAGUAGAAUGAGAAACAUUCUGUACCGGA